AUGAGCACAUCUGUCCGCGGCCCAGAGCACGAGUUCAUUAGUAAAUUCUUGACCUUAGCUACAGUAUCUGAACCGAAACUACCAAAAAGCUACAUUAGACCUUUGAAGGAUGUUACUAAUCUGGGAGUUCCAUUACCUACUUUAAAAUACAAAUACAAACAGAACCAUGCUAAAAAAUUAAAAUUGCAACAAGAUCAGCAGGUUCAAGCGGAUACUGUAGUCCACUUGACCUUAAAGAAAAUUCAAGCUCCCAAAUUCUCCAUCGAGCAUGAUUUCAGCCCAUCAGAUACCAUCUUACAAAUUAAACAGCACUUGAUCGAAAAGGAAAAAGCCUCCCAUGUAAGCGAGAUUAAAUUGCUUUUGAAGGGCAAAGUUCUCCACGAUAAUCUGUUCUUGUCGGACUUGAAAAUUGAAGCUGCCAAUUCCAUAAUUACGGUGAUGAUUAAACCUAUUCCGACUAUUUCCAAAGAGGCCAACGCUGAAAACCCGGCCGCUUCUCCUGCUCCUGCUCCUAUACAGGAACUGGCUGUUCCCUGGAACGACAUCGAGAAUUUACUCAAUGAAAAGUUUAAGAGCAAUCAGGCAGCGGCUAAGCAAAUCAUGGACCGUUUACAGAAAGGCUGGUCAUUAACCAAAUUAGAUUAA